AUGAGCCAAAGGUCACUCCUUCCUUUUGCAUACACUUCCUCGGUUUCUGAGGAGGUACCACUCAAUACAGAACCACGAGAUAGGGCCAUAAUUGACGAAAAUGCCACGAGUAUGUAUCACACAAGAACAAGUAACAGGGUGAGGCGGGAACUUCCCGAGCAUGUUUCGAUCCCAAUGUUGAAAAGAAAGAUGGGAGCCAGUUUCAAUGAAAAGGAUGAUGUGAAAAGACGGGAUAUAAAUGAUCUGGAAGAAAUGGAAGGGAGCGAAACAACUAUGGUGGACGAGAUAGAUGAAUAUCUGGAAGGGAACCAGGUUCCAAAAAGAGUUUUCAAGCGCCCAACAAAGGUUCCAUCCACAUUUCUUCCAAGUAGCCCUCCAAUUGAGCCCCUUGAUAACUUUGGUUCCGACUUGGAUAUGACCACAGGUACCGAUCCCAUUCUUCCUAGCUCACCCAGUAGGGAGCACCGAGAUGAUCAGUAUUGGGCGAGAAUGAGCCAGUCACCACUGAAAGCACGAAACCUCAGUUCGGAUGCCGAUUUUGGUAUUGAUCGCUUCAAUAGGUUCAAAAACCCUUCAAUUCAACAGUUCCAAUCAAGUGAAGCAGACGAAGCAGCACUAGAAUUGAGAAGGAACUCCCAUGAUAGGGCACGCGACAUCAUAAUGGCUUGCUUCGAAGACAUCAAUACCACAAUAAAUCUCGAAAGUAUGAAUCUUGUUGAUAUACCUGAGGAAAUCAAAGACUUUGAUAACUUGGUUAUCUUUAAUUCCGAACCCACCACACAAAUCUCAUUUCAGCUUUACCUCACAAACAACUCAAUAACGUUCCUACCCCCAGCAUUAUUUGACUUUCGUAGGCUUAAUGUCCUCGGUCUACGUCAAAACAAGAUACAUAGCAUUCCCCCAUUGGUGAAACGACUCAAGAACCUCACUGACUUAUACCUCGGUACCAACAGACUAUCUUUCCUCCCUCGACAAAUAUUGGAGCUCGAAAACCUACACACAUUUCGUGCUGGCCCAAAUCCAUAUAUCAAAAUACCCGAGGAUGCUAUUUCCAUAACUACUUCUACCCUUAACCCCGUCAAGAUGAUCAAGUACGUCACACCAGUGCGUUACCUCAAGAACAAAUCGCUGAUUCCUACUUUGAGAACUUUUUGCUUAAAUACCAUCGCCAAGUACGAUGUGUCUUACCAUGAGACCAAAGUAUGGAAAAAGAAUACUCCUCAUAUACAUCAUUCAUUACUUACUAAGGCUAUAUCGAGGGGACAGUAUGAGGAAACAUGUAGUGAAUGUGAUUUGAUAGUGGUCGAUCCUGCGGCUGAAGCAUAUGAAUGGUGGGAUAUCUUGCAAAAUAAAGACAUUCCAAUAAAGCGUGAAUUUUGCAGUGGAAUGUGUGCUAGAAAGUGGGAAUCUUCAUACCUAGAGUUGUCGAACGAUUCGUGA